UUGCGCCCGUUGGUGUCACAUGUGGGGCCAGUGGCCAUGGAGAGGGCCGGGUCCUUGCUUAUGUCUCUGCACAGGGCAGCCACCUCUAACUUAGAUUUGGAUGUCAAGAAGCCCACCCCUCCCAAGCUGCUAUGGCACCAGCCUGUCAACGUAUUCCUGGCCCGGCCAGUCGGUGUGGAAGAGCUCCACCAUGAAGCUGAGCUUAAUCUUCAGAGUUUGCUUCAAGAAGAAUAUGAGGAGCCUUACUCUGACGCCAGGGCCAGUGGUCAGACCUUCCGCUAUGCCAGCCCUCUCUCUGCAGACAGACCCCUGGACUGCAGCCCCCGACCCCCAUCUGCCAAACGCCUGGAGUUUGUGUUCAUGCCUUCAAGCCAGCAAGUGAAAGAGAAUGAGAUGACCACACUGGGCGUGAGAGCGCCAGAACCCUCGCUUAGUUUGCCUGCUACCCCAGACAAAAACGCAGCCUGGGCCCGAGCUGGUCCUCUGCCGUCCUUGGAUGAGAAGAGGUUGCACCAGCCCUGCUUAACGCAAGCCAACAUUGUCCCCAUCAACAUCUCUGGGCAGCCGUUCGCUCGGCACGCGAGCACCCGCCACUCCCUCUUCAACACCGAGACCGCCAUGAACCCCAAGUCUUUGCUGCGCCGGAGGCGGACGGUCAUCGGCUUUCCUCACCUCGCCCUGCGGGAUCAAGCCAACAGCAAUGGUCCCGUUCUCAACCCUCCGGCAACCGUCGCGGAGUCCGUCUCUUGCCAUUUCGUCCCCGAGGUGUCUAACGGGAGGAGCUCCACCCGCCAUGCUCAGUCUCCGCAGCCUCGCCCACAGCUGAGAAAGACGUUCAGUGACCUUGGGGGCGUCCUGCAGGGCCGCUGCUGCCAGGCCGGGCCAGCAGGGCGCCUGGAGAACUCUGGGGUGAUGUACGCCAGCCCAUCCUGCAAUGGCCCCAAGGAGGACCUGAUCUUCUCCCCUGCCUGGAGCGCAGCCUCUUUCGGCUACGUGAGUCCGGCGGUGAGCCAGAGCGAGCUGGCGGGGGAGGCCGUGACGCAGUUGUCCCCCUGCAGCCCCAGUGGCCCCCCAGACUCGGGGUCCCCCGCCUCCUUUUUCAUCAGCAAGGACAAAGCGGCUGGAAAGAAUGGAGCCGAGGCCUUCGGUGCUGCCCCCGAGUCCCUGGCAGAGGCUGAUGGAGGGCCGAGAUGCGCUGCGAGGGAGGCCAAGCCGCACCUGGCCCUGACCAGUCCGGGGGAAGAGGCGUGUCCUCAGCUGGAGAGGGACAGAGUGGCAGGCAGGUUCCGUGAGAGGUCGCUCUCCGUCCCCACGGACACGGCCUCCCUGUGCUCCGUGGACAUUGCGGGCAGCGAGACCUGCGGCCUGAGCUACCCCAGCGCCAGCUCCGAGGGCAGCACCAGCACAGACAACGUCUCCCUGGCUGUGGAGCAGGAGUCCCGGGCGCAGCAGCCGCGGCGGCAGCGCACCAAGAGCAUCUCACUCAAGAAGGCCAAGAAGAAGCCCUGCCCGCCCGCCCGCAGCGUCUCCCUGAUCAAGGAGGGGCCGCCAAGCCGCGUGGAGCCUGCUGCCGAGCCACUGCCUCAGGACCAGAGGCCCAAAAGCCUGUGCUUGCUGCCAGACACCCCCGCCCAUGGCAUGGCACACGGAGAGGCGGCCAGGCAGGGGGAGAGCGCCCCCUACGCACAGCAGUGGUACCUGCCCGAGUGGGGUUCUGGCGACCCCUAUUGCUCCCUGUCUGGUUCCAGCACUGCCACCGGGACGACGGUGAUCGAGCUGUCCAAGGUGCGCGGGAGCUCUGAGUCCCUCCCGUCGCCCUCCGUCUCCCGGGCAACCACACCAUCCCAGCUCUCCGCAGAGGUCAGUCUGAAAACCUGCUCCCCGGGAAGACCGACGGGGGUGAUGUCCCCCUCCAGCGGCUACUCCAGCCAGUCCGAGACCCCCACACCCACCAUCCCGACGGCGGCUGUCCUGGGGCAUGCCCCUGCCCAGGGCGGGAGGGCGAGGCCGCUCGUGCCGGAGAGGAAGUCCUCGCUGCCGCCCGUCCUGCCCAUGGAGCGCAGCCCCAAGUCGCGGCUGUCGCUGGACCUUCCGUUCGCCCCGCCGACGCACCUGGACCUCUCGGGACUCAAGAUCUCGCUCAAGGGCAGGGCCAAGGUGAGCCGGCACCAGUCAGAAUCCACCUUCGGGACCAAGCUGGGCCCCAAGCUGAGUCCAGUGCAGCCCGUCAUGCCCAUGGUCACCCAGCUGGACCUGCGCUCCGUCCGCCUGCGCUCGGUCAGCCGCUCGGAGACCGAGGAUAACCUGGACAGCCCCGAGCCAGCGGAGGAGCCUGGCAAGAAGAUUCGGCCACCGGUGGCUGAGAAGCCACCUCUGUCCCGCCGGCCUCCGAUGCUCCUGCACAAGACCCCGCCAGUGCAGGAGGAGUCCCCGGUCAGCUCCCCAUCCUCUCCACGGACACCUCAGGACUUGGUCCCCAUGGAGAACCUUUACCUGGUGGCCAGGAGGCCCGAGCACCCCUGGGACACGGAUGUUUGGAGUCCCACAGAGCCACCCUCUCCCAUGGGAGUGGUCCCCCCCUCGUCCGCGCCCCCUGGCUCCUUUUUCCCUGCCUCGCGGCGGCUCUCCGAAGACAGUUUGGGGGAGGAUGAAGCAAUGCAGGCAAAACUGCUGGCAGGGAGGUCCCCCGGGGGGGAGAGUCGCAAGACCAAAGUGCCUCCCCCGGUCCCCAAGAAGCCCAGCGUGCUUUACCUGCCACUGGUGGCCCCCCCGCUCCACGCAGGGGCUUGCCUCGGGGACCCGAGGGCGGCUGCCAGCCCAGCUGUGAUGCUCGAUGAGGACCUGGCCCACCCCAAGCUGGCUGCCUGCAAGGUGCCCUCCCCGGUGGCCAACGAGGCAGACUUCAGCCCGGCCAGGGCCUGCGACUCCUGGGGAGACAUUUCAGGGAAUUCUAUUGACUUGAGGGCUGAAGAGAAAAGCUUUGCAAGUGACAAAACCGCGGCCUCAAUCAUCGAGGAGGACGAUGAUGUGUUUGUGGCAGCGUCCCGCACCACCGAGGACUUAUUUACUGUCAUUCACAGGUCCAAGCGGAAGCUAUUGGGCUGGAAGGAGCCCAGUGACGCCUUCAGCAGCAGGCAGAGUUCCCAGGUGCCCUUGAAGAACAACAUGGGACCCCUGAGCAACGAGUGCCCUCCAGGUAGCACGAGAGCCUCCAGCAGGAACGAAGACUUUAAGGCCCUCCUCCAGAAGAAAGGCGGCAAAGGGACCUCGGGGAUCCGCACCUCUGCAGCCGAACUUCUGAAGACCACUAACCCCUUGGCUCGCAGGGUUAUGACUGAGUUUGCAGUGGACGGGACAAUCCAGGGCCCUAAAGACCGCCCAUGAAUAGAUGUGGAGAAGGCUUCAUCUCCCAGCACUAUAGCCUAAUAGUCCACCACUCCUCAGCCUGACAGUCAGGGUGAGCCCGUGCUCUGUGGGGGUUUUAUCGUUUUCCUUGAUUUGCUGGCCGUGGCCAGACCUUUUCUGGUUUUUACUGGGGGGUGGGGAGGGGGAUGACCCCUGCUUAAGGGGAAAAUGUCUUAAGUGUAGAGCACAUGCGUUCCCUGUGGGAUGAGCCCCACAUAUCUGCUCUUAGGAAGGAAGCUUGAUUAUAAUUUUCAGGGUGGAAAAAGGGCCCACAACACACAUGUUUUUCGACAGGGCUAUCAAUGGAUUGGUGCCGGACUUGGGCCUAACAGCACCUUCCCCAGUCACAAGAGGGGCAGAAUACCUCUUCCUCUCCCUCCCUUUCUGUCUCCUUUUCCCCCCUUUUCAGGGUCAGCCUGUUCCCAUUUCCACUCUGCAACAAAGCUAGCUUCAAACUAUUCCGUUCCUUUGGCAUGUGAUCCUUGCAGUACUUGUAGGAUACAAUGUAUGGCUAUCGUGACCUCUUCAUUUAUAGUUUUGGCUCUGUUUUCUUUUUGUUUUGGCCACAAAACUCAUAAAGGGGUAGCUAGGUGGUCACUCAGGUAGCGAAGCCUGAAUAGCGCGUUAGGCCUGUUCAAGCAAAGAGUCCCUUGCAAAAGAUCUCAAUUCAAGAUGGUGCCCAGUCCUCAUCCAAAGAUUCCUCAAAAGCUUAUUCAUGAGCCUCUGCCAUUUUGACACUGGCCCGGAAACGUCUGAAAUGCUCCUUGCAUUCUCUGAAGGGGCUAGCACUUGCAAACAUGAGGCUGGGUGGAUACAUCAUUGCGAUCAUCUCCACACAACCCAUCCACUAGAAAUCUAGCCUUGCCCAAUGAUUGGAGUCAAACCUAGUUACCUCUCUAGAAGCGCUCCUACUUCUACAGAGUUCUCUUCCCAGACUGAAAGGGAUUAGAAUCAAAUGGUAAUGUAGUGCUUGCUGAAUUCCGGAGCGAAUUGUAUUUUAAAGGCCUUAUUGUACAAAGAACAGAGUCUGUUCAAAGAACAGAAUAAUUCCCUAUGCCCAGUAGGGGGACACUUUGGAGCUCUUUGUGAACACAAGACUUAAAAUAAUAGGCCUGUUUCUAGACAGAGUUAGGGUUCUUCAACGAUGUAUCUACCCUUAUCCCAUUUAAUGGAAGAAUGCAAAGCCUUAAGACUAAAUUAUGGCUGGGAGUAGCUGUAGAUUUCUUCCGCUUCCUGAAGUCCCCCCCCCCCCCCGCCCAGAAGUUCCUAGUUUAAUGGGAGGUAGCACCCCAGGGAUAUUCUGCAUGUGGGCUUUUAGCCAGGAGGCAUGUAAGGGCUAAUGCUUUGCCUUGAUCCCCGCACUUCAUGCAUCAUGUCAACUUGGGGCCACCCCAUUGUGAUCUGUGCCAGUGAACAAUCCACAGCCCACAGCAGCAGCAUCCUGGAAAAUGCUCACUGCCGACAGAAUCAAGUGCAAAAUGAUGCAUGCUGCUUCAUAGUCCCACAUUAUAUAUUUUAGUGCCUGCCUCAUUUUGAGUUAUUAAAAAACCAACCUGUUCCUCAAA